AUAACCGGAUUACCCGGCUGUCAAAUAACCAAUGUCAUUCUUCAGACUUGAUUCCGUUUGAGUUCAGUUUACUAUUUUAUUCACUGUGAGUGGUAGUGUGGUGGAUUAUUCUUAACCAUCUAUCGUGUGAAACAAGUUAUAUUUGAUUUAAUUAUCCUCAAAUUUUAAACAAGCAUCAUCAUGUUGGACGUACUAGCCGACGUGCUGCAGCCGUACAAGGAGCUCGUGGGCAGCAUCGCGGCCAUCGUGACCGUCGGCCAGAUGUUCUCCGGCUCCUUCAUCUGCUGGGACAUCUACAAGCAGGGCAACACCAGGGGCAUCGGGAUCAUGCCCUUCCUUGGAGGUGUCGUUAUGAGCGUCCUUAACUUGAAGUUCGGUUACAUACUUCGCGACGACAAGAUGAUCCAAGUGAACUUGUUCGGUUUGGCCUUGAAUAUCAUCUAUUGCUUGGUUUACUUCAAUUAUACUCAAGAGAAGAUGAAGGUUUGGGCCCAGCUUGGCCUCGCAGGCGCCUUCUCCGCCGGCCUCAUCGCGUACGCCGAAAUGGAAGAUCCUAAGUUGGUUGAGAACAGAUUCGGAACUAUCAUCACUGCAUUCAUGUUCUAUUUGAUCGCGUCGCCCUUGUUCGGAUUGAGAGAAAUAAUCAAGAACAAGAGCACGGAGGGCAUGCCGUUCCCCAUCAUCCUGUCGGGCUCCAUCGUCACCUUCAUGUGGCUGCUGUACGGCAUCAUUCUCAGGAACAAGUUCCUACUCAUACAAAAUCUAGUCGCAGUAGUAUUGUGUGGAUCUCAACUGGCGUUGUUCGUGAUCUAUCCUUCGAAGCCGAAGCCAAGCAAAGAAAAGAAGCCAAAGGCAAAGAAAGCCGACUAAAUCGAAUAGUUAGGACGAACCACAACGUUGCCUCCUUAGGAUGUAGGUAUGUAAUUUGGCCGGGUUAUCCAUAACUGUGCUUUUGCAAUUAUAAUAUUGUUUUAAACCGUAAAACGGUUUAUUACUAUAAAAGAUCAGAUUGUGAUUUGGAGCUCUUUAUAAAGGUGCUCUAAAUUAAUAAUAAUUAAAUAAAAAUCUUAACUAGUCUUCCAUUCAUUUCGAUAAUGAUUACAUUAACUAAAAAUCACGGUUUACUCUCGUAUUAUUAGUGGAGAAAAGUUCUACUAGUUUCGAGUCACAGAGGGACUCUUCAUCAUGAGCAGCGUGCGCAGACACGGCGACGUCGCGCACCCUACUGAUUUUUAGUUAAUCUGCCAAAUACUCAAACGCUACUGAUUUUUAAGACGCUCUCAAGACUAGUUCUGUCACUAUCAACUCUUUAUAAAAUGACAGAGAUAGCACGAUAUUUUAGGAGAACUUAAAAUUGAAUACCAUUUCAGUAUUCGGACGUAGGUCUCAUGAUAAUUAUAAUAAAAUCACGAUUACAUUGAUGAUCAUAUUUCAUUACGUAACAUUGUAAUUUGUCUGCAUCUGUGAACACCAAGGUAAAUAUAUAUUGUUUACCUGCACAAUGCAAAAGUACAGCUAAGGAAAACUCGACCAUAUUUAGUUUUAAGUAUAGAACAAUUUUGUAUACGUUUUGUAAAAAUAACUCAUAGCCACAUGAAUGCAUUAUAAUUUGUAAUAUAAUAUGUUAUUUACUUAUCAGCUAUCUGAGAUUUUAUUUCAUUAGUAUCUGAUUGUUCAAGCAAUAUAUGUGUGAAUUUUCUUUAAUACAUUUUCAACUGUAUUGCUUUGUUAUAGAGUCGAAAAUGUAUUAAAGUAAUGGUAUAUGUUGAUGUGCAUCUGUACAUGUUCUAGUUUAUAAUAAUGUCAGAUUUCUUUAUAUAAUGUUUUCCAUGAAUUCGUUGUGCAAAAUGACAAUUGUAACUUUUGUUCACUUCAUAAUUUUGUUAUAAAAUAACCUGUUAUGAAUUUUAUAAAUUAAAUCGCGAGUUUCUUAUUACUAAAUAGAUUUUCCUUUUAAAUUUUUCAUUUAUUGUUACUUUAUUGAUGUUACAUAUUGAAUUAUUGCGUUAUUGAGAUUUUAACACUUAUUUCAAUUUGAUUGAAAGUGUUUAACAUAUUUUUCUUUAGUUUAUACAAGACAGAUGUUCGUUACUUCAUAGUUUUCAAUAUAUUUCAUUCAUGUUCAUUACAUUCCAUCAGAGUGUCUUGGAUUCUAAUUAAAAUAACUACAUUUUAUAUCUAAAGCAAUAUAUUUGUAUCCAUUUAUCUAUUUACUCCAACAAAACGAGUAUUUUUAUCGUAAUUAUUCUGAAAUGAACUUUAUUUUUAGAGCAAUAAAAUUUAUUUUUGUGUGGUUAUUUGCAUUUCUUGUUGAUAAUGAAUGGCAUGUACCUUUGUAAAUACAAGUUUAACCUUCAAUGAUAGUAUAACCUGUUUAAUGUAAUAGAACAUCGUAUUAAAAUGUCGCGCACGUUUGCUUAGCAAUUAAACAAAUGGUUUGUAAAAUCAUCCCAAUAUUGUGAUAUCAAACAUGUGAGAUUGUGAAUUAAAAUAAAGUAAUUUUGUAUUAA